CCGGCCGAGCAGCCAUGGGCGCUGGGGUGCCGGGCGCCCGGAGAGCCGAGGCCCCCGGCUGGAAUGGGGAGCGCCCGCGCCGCCAGCCCCACUGACACCGCCUCGGACGAUGUGAACCGGCGCCGCCGCCGCUGCUUCGCGGGCUGGGCGCGCGGUCCCAGUGGCCCCGGCCGCCGCUCUUCUAAUUUGGGUGGGGGCGACCGCACCAGGCCGCUUGGGCUUUUUAAGGGGGGCUGGCUGUCUUUGGCAGCUUGAUUGGGGGAGGCGACCCACACAGGGCGCUCGGAGAUUUUUUUUUCUGUUUCUUUCUUUCUUUUUUUUUUUUUUUUUUUUUUUUUGGAGCGGGGUUAACUGUUUUUGGCAGCUCGGUUUCUGGAGGACCCUGAAAAAGGCCUUUCGGGGUUUCUUUCUUCGGGGGAGGGGGCGGUGGUCCCGACUUGGCCGGCCGCCUGCUGGAGGGGGGCAGCGGGGAGCGGGGGGAUGCUAACCCGGCUCCCCCCACCAUGAUGAAGACGGAGCCGCGGGGGCCCGGGGGUCCCCUCCGGAGUGCCUCACCGCACCGCAGCGCCUACGAGGCGGGCAUCCAGGCGCUGAAGCCGCCCGACGCACCUGGGCCCGACGAGGCACCCAAGGCGGCCCACCACAAGAAAUAUGGCUCCAACGUCCACCGCAUCAAAAGUAUGUUCCUGCAGAUGGGCACCACGGCGGGGCCGCCGGGCGAGGCGGGCAGCGGCGCAGGCCUGGCCGAGGCCCCGCGGGCGCCCGAGCGCGGCGUGCGCCUGUCGCUGCCGCGGGCCAGCAGCCUGAACGAGAACGUGGACCACAGCGCCUUGCUCAAGCUGGGCACCAGCGUGUCCGAGCGCGUGAGCCGCUUCGACUCCAAGCCCGCGCCCUCGGCGCAGCCCGCGCCGCCGCCGCACCCGCCGUCCCGGCUGCAGGAGACGCGGAAGCUGUUCGAACGGAACAUCCCGGCAGCCGCCGCCGGCGACAAGGAGGCCGCGGCGCGGCGGCUGCUGAGGCAGGAGCGCGCCGGCCUACAGGACCGGAAGCUGGACGUCGUGGUGCGCUUUAACGGCAGCACCGAGGCGCUGGACAAGCUGGACGCCGACGCCGUGUCGCCGACUGUCAGCCAGCUCAGCGCCGUCUUCGAGAAGGCCGACUCGAGGACCGGCCUUCACCGUGGGCCCGGGCCCCCCAGGGCCGCGGCCGCAGGGGCUCCCCAGGUCAACUCGAAGCUGGUCAGUAAGCGGUCCCGGGUGUUCCAGCCACCGCCGCCGCCGCCCGCCCCGUCGGGGGAUGCCCCUGCCGAAAAAGAGCGCGGCCCGGGAGGGCAGCAGCCUCCGCAGCACCGAGUGGCCCCCGCCCGGCCGCCCCCAAAGCCCCGGGAGGUGCGCAAGAUUAAGCCGGUGGAGGUGGAGGAGAGCGGGGAGUCGGAGGCCGAAUCAGCGCCCGGGGAAGUGAUCCAGGCCGAGGUGACGGUCCAUGCGGCCCUGGAGAAUGGCAGCACCUCGGGAACCACAGCCAGCCCGGCACCCGAGGAACCCAAGGCCCAAGCAGCCCCCGAGGAGGAGGCGGUUACAGUGGCAGCGCCAGAGAGGGGAGUGGGCAAUGGGCGGGUCCCGGACGUGGCCCCAGAGGAGGCAGACGAGUCCAAGAAGGAGGACUUCUCGGAGGCGGACUUGGUGGACGUGAGCGCCUACAGUGGGCUCGGGGAGGACUCUGGGGGUAGUGCCCUGGAGGAGGACGAUGAAGAAGACGAGGAAGACGCGGAGCCCCCCUAUGAGCCCGAGUCGGGGUGCGUGGAGAUUCCGGGGCUCUCGGAGGAGGAGGACCCGGUCCCGAGCCGGAAGAUCCAUUUCAGCACCGCGCCGAUCCAAGUAUUCAGCACCUACUCCAACGAGGACUAUGACCGGCGCAAUGAGGAUGUGGAUCCCAUGGCGGCCUCUGCAGAAUAUGAACUGGAGAAGCGGGUGGAGAGGUUGGAGCUGUUCCCUGUGGAGCUGGAGAAGGCAGACUCCGAAGGUCUGGGCAUCAGCAUUAUCGGCAUGGGGGCUGGGGCCGACAUGGGCCUGGAGAAGCUGGGCAUCUUCGUCAAGACUGUGACAGAAGGUGGUGCAGCUCAUCGGGAUGGCAGGAUUCAGGUGAAUGAUCUCCUGGUGGAGGUGGAUGGAACGAGUCUGGUGGGAGUGACCCAGAGCUUUGCAGCUUCCGUGCUCAGGAACACCAAGGGCCGAGUGCGGUUUAUGAUUGGCCGGGAGCGGCCGGGAGAGCAGAGUGAAGUAGCCCAGCUAAUUCAGCAGACCUUGGAACAAGAGCGAUGGCAGCGGGAGAUGAUGGAGCAGAGAUACGCCCAGUAUGGGGAGGAUGAUGAGGAGACAGGGGAAUAUGCCACUGACGAGGAUGAGGAGCUGAGCCCCACGUUCCCAGGUGGCGAGAUGGCCAUCGAGGUGUUUGAGCUAGCAGAGAAUGAAGAUGCAUUGUCUCCUGUGGACAUGGAGCCUGAGAAGCUGGUGCACAAGUUCAAAGAGCUCCAGAUCAAGCAUGCUGUAACCGAGGCAGAGAUCCAGCAGCUGAAAAGGAAGCUGCAGAGCCUGGAGCAGGAGAAGGGGCGCUGGCGGGUGGAGAAGGCACAGCUGGAGCAGAGUGUGGAGGAGAACAAGGAGCGCAUGGAGAAACUGGAGGGCUACUGGGGCGAGGCCCAGAGCCUGUGCCAGGCUGUGGACGAGCACCUGCGGGAGACCCAGGCCCAGUACCAGGCCCUGGAGCGCAAGUACAGCAAGGCCAAACGCCUCAUCAAAGACUACCAGCAGAAGGAGAUCGAGUUCCUGAAAAAGGAGACUGCACAGCGACGGGUUCUGGAGGAGUCGGAGCUAGCCCGGAAGGAGGAAAUGGACAAGCUCCUGGACAAGAUCUCAGAACUGGAAGGAAAUCUGCAAACACUGAGGAAUUCCAAUUCUACUUAACAGGAAUCAUUCCUUGACCGGACAAUAAUAAUCCCCUCCCAUUGUCCUCCCUCCCCUGUCCUCAAUACCCCACCCCACCCUCUUUCUGCCUGGGGACAGGUGCCCCGACUCCCCCUAUCCUUCCACCCCACCUCCCCCCAGCUUCAGGGACCAGAGGGCCCAUAACACAGGCCCCCUUAAGGUGGCCCAGGCAGACACUGGUGGCUGGAAGGGCRGCCUCCUUCUUGCCCCAUAGGGCUGAGGCAUAAAGGCCAAGGGAAGCUUAGGGCUGGCCUGGGUGGUGGAUGGACACAUGGACCUGCAGAACAAACUGCCAGACUUUACAACCUCCAGCCUUUGUCUCUGGACUGGAGUGGGGCUGAGGCUCUCCCAGCAUCUCGCCAACUGGAGGCUGCUCCCUACCCAUGGGGCUUCUGGAUGCCCCUGGGCCUCUUGACUUGAGAUUCUUUCUACCUUCUUGGCCCUUCCCUCUCCCCUAUCAUUGUGCUGUCUGUUGCAUUCUGACCCUCCUGCUUGGGGGUGGGGGUUGCCUCAACACCUCCUGUACCUGUUCCCUAUCCUGGGAAGGAUAGAGCCCACCUCAGAGCCCAGCAGCUGGGCCUGGCCCUGCACUGAUUUCUCAUGUAUCCUUCAGGGAAAGGGGAGUGAGAGUAGAGGAAAGUAGAGUCCAGGACACCUGGUCCCCAGCUCCCCUUUUCCUGGAAAGAGCAGCAGCCCUCAAUUUCUCCUUGUGCCUCCCCUCUCCCAGGUGCCAAAUAGCCAUAACCUCCUCCUGAACUGUUCUGUGGCCUCUCUGGGGUCCAGGUUUCCUGGCCAAGCCUGGGAAUGUCAGGGAGGAGGGGAGGUCAGCUUAGGGGGCCUGGUUGCAGAGACGCCAGUCUCAGGCAAGGGCAACACUUCUCACUGAAAAGCCAGGCCCUGCCCUUCGCAGCCCUGCCCAGGGCCACACUUGGAAGCCUUGUACUAACAUCGCAGAGAUUCAGCCUCCCUCCACCCCACCCCCGCUGUUUUCCAAUGUUUUGACUGGAAGGCGAAAUUUUACUACUCUUCGUUUUGGAGACCAGGGCUGCCCCGCUGGCAGCCUGCUUUCUAAGUGAAAUCGACUCCGUUUCCCCCACUUCAACCCCAAAUUGGGGCUUUGACCAAGGAGGUGAGACCCCCCCAAACCCCUCCCCUUUCAAAAUCCAUCUCGUUUUGCCACUUGCUCAUGCCCCUGCCCCAAGCCUGGGUUUUUGUUCAUUUUUUAAAAACAACCCCUUUCCAUCCGUUUCUGCCUCUCCUUGUUCCCUGUAAAUAGACCAUUAACAUCUAUCAGUAUUUCUUGCCCCUCUCUUUCCCUCAGACGUGCCCCCACCCCCGGAAGAGCUGGCUGUCUCAGUGCCGGGCCCCUGUGCUUCACCCGGCAGAUGGAGGGGGCGGAGCCGGUGGGCGGGGCCGCGGGGCGCUUCCGGCUUCUCGGGCUAGCGGCCGCCCCUGCCCCGUCCUUGGAGGACCCCGUCUCUGUAUAUAAUAUAUAUAUGUAUGUAUUGUUCCCGGUUUUGUACGGACCAUGCCCUCUGUCAGGUCGUCCCCAUAAAAGCAGCCCCCAGA